CUCUUCAUAUCCGAUCCCAGCAAAUCACAUUGGUCCAUUCGAUCUCCUUGAAGCUUCGGCAACAACGCAUGAAUUCUGAAGCACUCCACCGAAAUUGCACCCAGCACUCCUCUGCUUUUAACAAACACAAGCCUCUCUGGCAUUGGGAGUUACCGAUGGCAGCGUCGGCAACACUCUGUUUCAUCUUCUGCUUCAUUGCAACCAGUGAUGCUAUUAGUAGGGCUGACUUCCCCAGUGGUUUCGUCUUCGGAACAGCUUCUUCAUCUUUCCAGUUCGAAGGAGCUGUAAAAGAAGGAAAUAGGGGGCAAAGCAUAUGGGAUACUUUCACAAAACGAUCAGGGAAGAUUUUAGACUUCAGCAAUGCAGAUGUAGCGGUGGAUCAAUACCAUCGGUACAAGACAGAUGUGGAUUUGAUGAAGGACAUAGGAAUGGAUGCCUACAGGUUCUCUAUCUCAUGGCCACGGAUAUUCCCAAAUGGAACCGGGGAACCUAAUCAAGAAGGAAUAAGCUACUAUAACAGACUCAUAGACGCUCUGCAAGAGAACGGAAUACAACCUUAUGUUACACUCUUUCACUGGGAUCUUCCACAGGCUCUAGAGGACCGAUACAAUGGAUGGUUGAGCCAAGAGAUCAUACAAGAUUUCGAGCAUUAUGCUUAUACUUGUUUCAAAGCAUUCGGGGAUCGAGUGAAGCAUUGGAUCACCUUCAACGAGCCUCAUGGAUUCUCAAUUCAAGGAUAUGACACAGGUCUGCAAGCUCCAGGAAGGUGUUCUAUUCUAUCUCACAUUCUUUGUCGGAGAGGCAAAUCAUCAACUGAACCAUAUAUCGUGGCUCACAACAUCCUCUUAUCUCAUGCUGCUGCAUUUCAUACUUACAAGCUCCACUUUAAGGAAAAGCAAAAGGGCGCUAUUGGAAUAGCUCUUGAUUCCAAAUGGUAUGAACCUAUAUCUGGCACUGAAGAAGAUACAGAUGCUGCCUAUAGAGCAAUGAAAUUCGAACUGGGAUGGUUCUUGGAUCCCCUUAUGUAUGGAGAUUAUCCUCAAACCAUGAAGAAACUAGUAGGUGACAGACUACCCAGAUUUACCAGUGACGACUCUGAGUCGUUGGCUGGUUCACUAGAUUUUGUAGGAAUUAACCACUACACCUCAUUAUAUGCUCGGAAUGAUCGGACAAGAAUCAGGAAGCUGAUACUGAAUGAUGCUUCAUCUGAUGCAGCCGUUAUCGCAACAUCUACUCGGCAUGGAGAGAGGAUUGGCGAAAGAGCUGCUUCGGGAUGGCUUCACAUUGUGCCAUGGGGUAUUCGCAAGUUAAUGAACUAUAUCAAGGAGAACUACGAGAACCCGCUAGUUAUCAUUACAGAAAAUGGUAUGGAUGAUCCAAAUUUCACUAACCUAGACAUAGCACUGAAGGAUGAAAAGAGGAUACGCUAUCAUGCUGACUACCUGUCAAACCUGCAAGCUGCGAUACGGGAAGACGGUUGCAAUGUGCAUGGCUACUUCGUGUGGUCAUUACUAGAUAAUUGGGAAUGGAACUCAGGCUACACAGUUCGAUUCGGCCUCUAUUAUGUUGAUUACAAGAAGAACCUAACGAGGAUGCCAAAAGAUUCAGUCCAGUGGUUCAAGCAUUUCCUAGAACAAGAGUACGACACUUGACCAAAACAAAAACACGGUCAAAAAGAAAAACUUAUUGCAGGAUGAUUUGUAGAGUCGAUUCACUGUCCCUCGUAGUUAUUUAUCUUAGUUCGGUUCGAUAGUCAUUCAAGAGGUUAGUAGUUCCAAAUGUCAAUCAUAAUCCAUUUGUGAAGUAACAAUUCCUUCCCUUCGUAAACUGUAUCUUCUGUACCAAUUAAGGAAUAUACAAUCGACGAUGUGUCUAA